CCGAUUACAUAUAAAGUAUAAGAGGUUUGUAACAAUAUUUCCAAGACCUAGUUCAACUGACGUAUCCAUAUUACUUUUUUUAUUAUGAAAUUUUUUUGAUUGUGACUAUAGUGCAUACAUAAAGGCGAAUCCCACACUUAUCAAUCAUAAAGCUAAAAAGGUCAUCGUGUUUCCUUAAUAUUCACUUUUCGGGACAGCACUGUGCUGUCAUUGUAAUCUGUGCCUUCAAGUUGUACAUCAGAGUUGAGUUAUGCGAACUUUGAUUAACCAUGAUCAUUCCCAUCCACGCUCUCAGUUUUUCAACUAUUCUAGUUUUUCCAAGAUAAGCUAUCUUUUCACCUGAGCCCUUGAUUGCAAUUACAAUUGUUACAAUUUGAGAUGAUAAAGAUAAUGUAUUAUCUUCAGUGCACUCAUAUCCUUGGUGUAGGGAGUAAGGUUAUGUAAGAACACUAGAAGGACCUUAUCUGUUAGGGGAAAAUCCUCGUUACAUUGAAACAUUAGAUAGGAUUUCCAUAAAGACUCUGUUAACUCAUGACCGUAUACUAGAUUGGAGUCAUUCGUCAUAAGAUGUCUAGUGGCUAAAAUUGGGUGCCUAUUUACCUUAAAUUCUGUCAUAUGACUGUAGUAUGUUCAAUAUAAAUUUAUUGAAAUAUGCUCACUUAAUACCCCAUUUGUUUCUGUACGUUUAGAUAACGAUGGCUAACUUAGAUAUUAGUGAGCUUGGUAUAUCAAAGAAUUUACUCCAAAUGAACUUUAUGCGACGGACUCUCGUUGCCAGGGAAAAAGCUACCAACCAGGGUGUUCCAGAUAUCCUUCCAAAUUCACAAGAAUAUGAAUUCAAACUUCCUCUUUCUGUUGAACAACGUAUCAACAAAAGAGCCGUCAUCCUUAAGUCAAAAUGUCGCUAUCAAUUUGUCAAAAGUAUUUUCAAACUCUACAAUGUAUCACCUGGUUUUCGAGAAAGUUUCGGUGGCUUUAAUCCUCCCACUACCGCUGAGACUAUUCUUCAAUCUCAAGUUACCAAAUUACCUGAUUCCUGUGUCCCCACUCGAGAAAACUCUGUUAGCGAAUAUUCAAAAUCAUUUGAAAGUCGGGCAUCAAGAACAAGCAUCCGUUUCAGAAGGUUUGAAGGUAGUUCUGACGGUUCGUUUAAGCAUGUCAUACACUUCAGCAAGUUGCAGUGUCUAGUAACUCAGAAAUUUAAAACAAAUUUGUCUGAAUCUUCAAAAGUGCUCUGUAAUUUGGUUCCACAUGGUGAAGUAUGUAUUUUACCAUAUUAGUAUUCGUUAGCACACCACAACCACAGUUUAAGUAAUCGUAUAGUUCAAUAACUAUAAAAGGUCAUGAUUAUCAUGAACUGAACAUCUUUUCCAUUUAAGUGAGAACAUAAACCAUCCAAGUCCAAAAAUUCAAAGCAUCGAAAGGAAAAAAGAAAAAGCUCUAAUUGAAAGUUACUCUGUGUACAAAAAUAUUCAAAUAGUUUUGUAUUGUUUCAA